AUGGACAAAUACCUUGUCCGUCCACCUCCUGAUAUCAUCCAUGGAUCCCAUACUGGUCAGACUGUACAAGAGUUUUCCUUUGGCUCAGCAGUAACUUACAAAUGUGACAAGGGCUUCUCUCUUAUUGGAGAGGCCUCCAUUUAUUGUACAACGAAAGAUCAUCGCAAUGGAGACUGGAGUGGGCCUGCUCCUGAAUGCAAAGUGGUCAAGUGUCCAGAGCCAGAAGUCAAAAAUGGAAAAAAGCAAUCUGGGUAUGGACUCCAUUAUUCAUAUGGAAACACCGUAAUAUUUGAAUGUGAUUCUGGCUACACUCUGAAGGGUAGCAGUUCAGUUAAAUGUGAAGCUAACAAUUCAUGGUUUCCAUCUUUGCCAACUUGUCUACGGCAGAACACUGGUAUCACGAUUGUUACUGGGCAGAACACUGGUACCACGAUUGCUAUUGGAAAGAUGCCUAUCAUUCUGGCAGUGCUGAUGACUAGCUUGUUCAUCAGACAGUGAACAUGUUGGAAGAAAAUGGAAAAAAUUGAAGGAAACAUCAUAUGAUUGCACUAAACGUCUCUCGUGAUCCCAGAUUCCUCUCAUUACAAUUGUAUUCGGGGUUGUGGGUUUUGCUGUUGCGAGCAAGAGCCUAUUUAGAUUUCUAUUUGGAGGUUUCGAUCUUGAAGUACUUAUUAUCCCUUUUAAAAUACAGAUUAAUGAUGCCAAAGAUACUCAUUGAACUGCUGUAGGCUUUUGUUAAUUCAAAUUUAUCCUCAGUUUUUAAAUCAAAUCUCCAGAAUAAUCAGUGUUCCUUUGCUCUCAUGUCCAAAAAACUCCAAAAACAAUAACAAAAAAACCCCCAAACUAUUCUUACCCCAAGUCUUAUAUUUAGUGUGUCCUCAGUGUGGCAUCCCAGAGUGAAGUGUGGGGAUGUAUGUCAGACUCAGGUGUUCAGAAUCCACACUAUCAAAUUUUUAAGCCAGUAUUGAGAGCCAAAAUAAACGACCUCUGUUUCCUUAUGAGCACUUUCUGAUAAGUAAGCAGUAAAAUAGUUAUACUUGUGAGCAAAUUCUUCUAUGAUUCUGUGCUUAAACUAAAUGUCUUUAUUUUUAUAUUUCAGUGGCUGAAAAUAAGUUUGGUAGCAUUUAAAGCAAGCGUAUUACAUUCAGGAAAUAAUUCUCUGCUGCGAGAAGGUGUGCAUCACCAAAUGCUAUUUUGUCGCUAUCACUAAGAACAUAUUUGUAUUUAUACAAGUUGUACAGAAUUUUACUUGGCAAUCUGCAUAUUUAUCAAAUGAAAAAAUUGGAAUUUCUGUGUUGUACUCUGAAUAAAAGGAAUGUGGUACAAAGA